AUGGUUGAAAGAUAUAAAAACGUCGGGGUAUUUAAUAAGUGCAACUAUGAGUGGACUGUAUCGGAAUGGUCCAAGAUACCUUUGAAUACGAUUUCAGAAAGCCUGUUCUUUAAUCUCAAGAAUAAUGAAUGCAAUGUCCAGUCUCUUGGGAUAUUCGUCUUGGUAGGAAAGAAAGUUACAGAAAGUGACAAAGAAGAUUCUACCGAGAAAAUCAAAGUUUCUUUAUCUAUAAUAAAGCCAGAUAAUUUAGAAGUAAGGACUCCAAAUGGACGUGUAUAUUAUGGAACCACUACAUUGAAAAAAGUGCAAACGUAUGUCACUGGCGACAAACUUACUUUUUCUAUCGGUGUGUCUCUUGAAGGAUAA